UGGGGAGGGGUGGGUGGGGAUUCUGGGCCGGUGGCGGAGUCACUGUCGCUUCAGCCAGGCUGCGGAGCGGACGGACGCGCCUGGUGCCCCGGGGAGGGGCGCCACCAGGGGAGGAGGAGGAGGAGAAGAAGGUGGAGAGGAAGAGACGCCCCCUCUGCCCGAAAUCCUUCCAGGCCCUGACCUCAGGAGCCAGGGCACUGACAGGACAGGAGAGCCAAGUUUCUCCACUUGGGCUGCCCGAAGAGGCCGCGACCCUGGAGGGCCCUGAGCCCACCGCACCAGGGGCCCCAGCAGCACCCCGGGGGGCCUAAAGCGACAGUCUCAAGGGCCAUCGCAAGGUUUCCAGUUGCCUAGACAACAGGCCCGGGGUCAGAACAACAACCCUUCCAGCCACCUGCCUCAACUGCUGCCCCAGGCACCAGCCCCAGUCCCUGCGCGCCAGCCAGCCCAGGUGACAUGCCGGUGCUCUCCAGGCCCCGGCCCUGGCGGGGGAGCACGCUGAAGCGCACGGCCGUGCUCCUGGCCCUCGCGGCCUAUGGAGUCCACAAAGUCUACCCCUUGGUGCGCCAGUGCCUGGCCCCGGCCAGGGGUUCUCAGGCGCCCGCCAGGGAGCCCACGCAGGAGGCCUCCGGGGCCGCGGCGGCCAAGGCCGGCAUGAACCGGGUAUUCCUGCAGCGGCUUCUGUGGCUCCUGCGGCUGCUGUUCCCCCGGGUCCUGUGCCGGGAGACGGGGCUGCUGGCCUUGCACUCGGCCGCCCUGGUGAGCCGCACCUUCCUGUCGGUGUAUGUGGCCCGCCUGGACGGAAGGCUGGCCCGCUGCAUCGUGCGCAAGGACCCGCGGGCCUUUGGCAGGCAGCUGCUGCAAUGGCUCCUCAUCGCCCUCCCUGCUACCUUCGUCAACAGUGCCAUCCGCUACCUGGAGGGCCAGCUGGCCCUGUCGUUCCGCAGCCGUCUGGUGGCCCACGCCUACCGCCUCUACUUCUCCCAGCAGACCUACUACCGGGUCAGCAACAUGGACGGGCGGCUUCGCAACCCUGACCAGUCUCUGACAGAGGAUGUGGUGGCCUUUGCAGCCUCUGUGGCCCACCUCUACUCCAACCUGACCAAGCCACUCCUGGACGUGGCCGUGACUUCCUACACUCUGCUUCAGGCGGCCCGCUCCCGUGGGGCCGGCACAGCCUGGCCUUCAGCCAUCGCUGGCCUCGUGGUAUUCCUCACGGCCAACGUGCUGCGGGCCUUCUCACCCAAGUUUGGGGAGCUGGUGGCAGAGGAGGCGCGGCGGAAGGGGGAGCUGCGCUACAUGCACUCGCGUGUGGUGGCCAACUCGGAGGAGAUCGCCUUCUAUGGGGGCCACGAGGUGGAGCUGGCGCUGCUACAGCACUCCUACCAGGACCUGGCCUCGCAGAUCAACCUCAUCCUUCUGGAACGCCUGUGGUAUGUCAUGCUGGAGCAGUUCCUCAUGAAGUAUGUGUGGAGCGCCUCAGGCCUGCUCAUGGUGGCUGUCCCCAUCAUCACCGCCACUGGUUACUCAGAGUCAGCAGAGGCCGUGAAGAAGGCAGCCUUGGAAAAGAAAAAAAAAAAGCUGGUGAGCGAGCGCACAGAAGCCUUCACUAAAAAAAAAAACCUCCUGACAGCGGCUGCAGAUGCCAUUGAGCGAAAAAAAAAAUCGUACAAGGAGGUGACGGAGCUUGCUGGAAAAAAAAAACGGGUGCACGAGAUGUUCCAGGUCUUUGAAGAUAAAAAAAAAAGUCACUUCAGGAGGCCCAGGGAGCUGGAGGACGAAAAAAAAAACUCUGGGACCAUCGGCCGGUCUGGUGUCCGCGUGGAGGGCCCCCUGAAGAUCCGAGGCCAGGUGGUGGAAAAAAAAAAGGGGAUCAUCUGCGAGAACAUCCCCAUCAUCACAAAAAAAAAAGAGGUGGUGGUGGCCAGCCUCAACAUCAGGGUCAAGGAAGGCAUGCAUCUGCUCAUCACGGGCCCCAAAAAAAAAAAAAAGAGCUCCCUGUUCCGGAUCCUGGGUGGGCUCAAAAAAAAAAACGGCGGUGUGCUCUACAAGCCCCCACCCCAGCAAAAAAAAAACAUCCCACAGAGGCCCUAUAUGUCUGUGGGCUCCCUGCGUGAAAAAAAAAACUACCCGGACUCAGUGGAGGACAUGCGAAGGAAAAAAAAAAAAGAGCAGGACCUGGAAGCCAUCCUGGACAUCGUGAAAAAAAAAAACAUCCUGCAGCGGGAGGGAGGUUGGGAGGCUAUGUGUGACUGGAAGGACGUCCUGUCGGGUGGCGAGAAAAAAAAAAAAGGCAUGGCCCGCAUGUUCUACCACAGAAAAAAGUACGCCCUCCUGGAUGAAUGCACCAGUGCCGAAAAAAAAAAUGUGGAAGGCAAGAUCUUCCAGGCAGCCAAGGAAAAAAAAAAAGCCCUGCUCUCCAUCACCCACCGGCCCUCCCUGAAAAAAAAAACCUCUCUCCCUGUCUGGGGUCGGUGGGAGUGGAAGUACCACACACACUUGCUACAGUUCAAAAAAAAAAGUGGCUGGAAGUUCGAGAAGCUGGACUCGGCUGCUCGCCUGAGCCUGACAGAGGAGAAGCAGCGGCUGGAGCAGCAAAAAAAAAAAAUUCCCAAGAUGCAACGGCGCCUCCAAGAGCUCUGCCAGAUCCUGGGCGAGGCCAUGGCCCCAGCACAGGUGCCGGCACCUAGCCCACAAGACCCUGGUGGCCUCCAGGGUGCCUCCACAAAAAAAAAACUUCCCCGGCCCCUGCCCCGCCCCCAAGCUCAGAAAAAAAAAAGGAGACAGCAGCACCCACCUGCGCAUGCACCCUAA